AAAAUCAAUUUAAUUUUAAAGACAGUUUUCUUUGAGUUUGUGUAUUUUGCCUAUAGGCGUUAAAAAGACUGAGAAAAUUAAAAAAAGACAAAUCUAGCAAGUGCAAAGAGUGUAUGUCGUAAGAAAGUGUGUGUGGCAAGAGCUUCGAUGGAGGUGAAGGGCGGCUCGUGUGGUUCCGUUCCGGGCCCACAAGCCGAGCAACCUGCCCAGCAAACAAUUAGGCUAUUACUACUGGAUCGUGACAGACAAAAUGGUGUUGAUCGUGGAAACUCGCCGCCACCAACAUAUAGAUCAUAUACUGGCAGUUUGCUGAGAGCACCAUUAACCACAACGCUACGAGCAAAUGGUGCAGCUGGCAGCAUAGCUGGGACGUCCGAGUACAGCCUCCCGCCGAGCUAUAGGUCACGAAACACUAAUCCAGCCACGAUAUGUAGUGAACGCAGCGUGGGCACCACGCCAACAGACCAUCUGCUGCGCAAUGAAGAUAUCCCAGAACCAUCCAGUUCGGAGCAACUGCCCAAUAGCCACUCCGACUCAACAUUACGAUCACUGCCCGAAAGGCCAAUUAGGAGUAAUAGCGUAACAUUGGCGAAGGAUUUUCAACAUGUGCGAAAUCCACGGCCGAGUCAUUGCCGUGGAACGCCACCAUGCACCACAAAUAAACAAGAAGAAAGCAGGGCAAAUACUACGACGGAAGUAAACGCACAUUCACAGAAAGAAUUAGUUACCGUUGUUACGAUAUCCAAAAACGACAGUCAAGUGGAUGCGGAUAACGCACACAACGGAGAGCAUAUCGAAAUACUUGCACAUCUUUAAGUAUUUGUAUAUUAUUUUAUGCACAUUAUUCAGAGUGUAAUCCUUAGACAAAGUGAACGUACACAAAAUAUGAUUGCAUUUGAAUAAACUUCGUUUAAAGUUGUUUUGAUAAUCCAAUAUCCUGUACAGUUUUGUAAAUGUUUUUGUACAAACCCAGCCAGCAGGGAAACGUACUUUUAGCCGACAGUGCAGUUUUCGUACCUUUUUUCGUAUCCGGAAACGUUCAGAAAACGAUUUCCAUAUUUGUUCAUUUUUCGUAUCCGAAAAAUUUCAAAACAAUAAUUUUAAAAUAUUUGUUCAAACUGAGCAUUUGAAAACUUGUAUACGUAUUCGCCAGUUCGAAUUCCGUCAGAAGCAACACAUUAAAAUUAUUUAUUCAAAUUGAAAUAAUUGCAGAAUCUUAAAUUUGUUUUUGUUUGGUUUCCUGUAACUAUGAAAAAGUUUCUGUGUAGUUCAUAAUGAAAUCGUCUUCAACGAAAAAUUGACUCAGACAAAAUUCAGGAAAACAGCCGGAAGCGCAUCCGUUUUACAACCAUUUUCGAUAGUUUUCUGCACAUACGUUUCGGAUGAACACUUUAGUGGGAGAACUGAUCUAAAAAGCGUCCGAAAACGGAAUCGGUAAACGAUUAAUUAAUUUAAUACGAAAUUGUUUCCAUUUUUGGAUACGUUUCCGGAUAAUUUGCUGGCUGGGAACAUACUUUAUACAUACAUACCCAGCCAGCAAAAUAUCAGGAAACGUGUCCGAAAAUGGAAACAAUUUCGUAUAAAAACCUGAUGUUUCAUCCGUUUUCGGAUUCCGUUUUCAGACGUUCUUCAGAUCAAUUCUCCCACUAAAGUGUUCAUUCGAAUCGUAUGUGCAGAAAACUAUCGAAAAUGGUUGUAAAACGGAUGCGCUUUCGGCUGUUUUCCUGAAAUUUGUCUGA